AUGGCUUCCUACGCCGAAGAGCCCCGGCCGCAUUCACAGAGUAGCUCAGAUGCUCACUCACAUAGUGGUUCAAUCACUGCAUCCGAAGAUGCAUACGUCUCAGAUGUGAACAGUUCAGAUACAUAUGUAUCGGAUUCGGAGCAGGAAGAAGGUGUGGUCAAAGUAAAGGAGUACCAGCAAAGCAACAGCACUCUAAGCGAAGACCCCGAGAAAAACGCCUCAAAAGAAACUAUCCGGAUAGAUCAACUUACGUCAGAAGAGUACCCUCUCUCGGACCUCGACAACAACCUCGUCGGCUGGGACUCUCAAGAUGACCCCGCCAAUCCACGCAACUUCUCCACGGCCAGGAAAUGGGUGCUGCUGGGCUUGGUUUCAGCCAUGACUUUUCUCAGCCCCGUUUGCUCGUCCAUCUUCUCACCCGCUACACCUUUUAUCAAUGCAGAAUUCGGAAACACGUCACAGCUCCUAGCAUCGCUGACCAUUAGUGUCUAUGUGCUUGGUUUCUCAGUCGGCAUUCUGUUCCUCAGCCCGCUGUCUGAGAUUUACGGUCGGUACUGGGUGCUCAACACGGGGAGUGUUUUCUUUUGCGGGUUUACUCUCGCAUGCGCGCUCGCGCCUAGCCUGGGGAGUCUCAUCGGCCUACGGUUUCUCGCCGGCGUGGCCGGAAGCUCGUGUCUUACCAUCGGGACCGGAGUCAUUGCCGACGUCUUUGUCACAGCGCAGCGCGGCCUUGCGGUAUCUAUUCUCUCGCUAGGCAUUCUCUUCGGCCCCAUCUGUGGCCCCAUCUUUGGCGGCUUCAUCGCGCAGCGCAUCGGCUGGCGGUGGAACAUGUGGGUCGUGUUUAUCGGCGGGUGUAUCUUGACAGCCAGUCUAUUCGCCUUUAGCCAGGAAACCUACCACCCCGUUCUGCUCGACCGCAAGACGCGUCGGCUCCGUAGCGAGCUCAACCGCCCCGAACUGCAAAACAUUAUGACUUACAAGAAAGACACGGCGGAACUGACUGUCUCGCAAAAUCUCCGCACCGGCAUCACGCGUCCGCUCAUGAUGCUCGCAACCUCGCCCAUUGUGUUUUUCUGCUCGCUGUACCUAUCCUUCCUGUUCGGCCUUCUCUUCCUCCUCUUCACAAGCCUCACGCCCGUCUUCAUCAAAACCUACGGCUGGACCCCCGAACUCACCGGUCUUGCCUACCUGGGCAUCGGCGCCGGAAAUGCCAUUGGCGUCACCAUUGUGGCGAGAACCAGCGACGCAACCGUUGUCCGGCUUACCAAGAAGAACAAUGGAGUUUAUCAGCCUGAGAUGCGCUUGCCGCUAUGUCUGUAUUUUGGUCUUUUGAUCCCGCUUGCUUUUUUCCUUCAUGGCUGGUCAGCACAAUACCACGUCCACUGGAUCGUCCCCAUUAUUGCCCUUACCCCCUUUGGUCUCGGCUUCAUGGGCAUCUUUGGCGCACUGCAAACGUACAUUAUCGACUGUUUCCCGCAGUACGCUGCUUCUGCCAUUGGCGGUGUCACGGCGCUCCGCUGCUUGUUUGGCGCCGUACUGCCACUUGCCGGGCCACGCAUGACAGAAGCCUUGGGCCUGGGAUGGAGAAACACUGUCCUGGGUUUCUUGGCCGUUGCUUUUAUCCCUAUACCCGUGUUGCUGUCUCGCUAUGGCAAGACGAUCAGGCACAAGUAUCCUGUUAAAUUUUAA